AUGUUGGUUUCAAGUGAUUGUUCCCUUGUGGACCAGCAGAUGCUCCAAAUUGAGGAGAUUUAUGCGAUUCAUUGCAUAUACUUCCCCGUGAAGAUCAUCAACCCCGGAAAACUCGAUUGGAGCAAAUUCCCGGACGAUUGCAUGUCAGACGCAGAAUACAAGAACCUCUCGGUAAAGUCAAAGUUCAGGACAGAUAUAAAGGUCGGAACAGUCUCCAUUAAAGAUGUAAAGAAGUUGGAGCUGAUCAGGUUCUCCUUUGUAGUUUCGGAAAACUUGGAGUCUGAUCUCUACUCUAUCAUUGAAGUUACAUUCCCCAAAGAUUACCCUGUGAAACCUCCCCUUCUUACGAUCAAAAUGACGAUUUCACUUCCACCAGAGGAAAGAGAACAUCUCGUUAAUGAAAUAACAGAUAUAAUAAAACGGUCCAGUGGGAAUAUUUGCAUAUUUGACAUUAGUGUCUGUGUAUGCGAAACGAUGAAUAGGGUAAGUAAUGAUCAUAAAAAUCUCUGGCAAGAGAUGACGGUUAGACAAGUUCAUUCUGAUGACUCUUCCGAUGAUGAACAACAUGUAAAUCGGGUACAACAAGGUGAUUCUCCCAGGGAAAAUGUAUCAGAAAGCAUAACAAAAAGCUCAAAUGAUGGAAGAUUAGAUUCUGUAAAUACUAGUAGCUCAAAACUUUUGGCAGAUGUAAAAAUCGCACGGAUACCGCUUCCAACCUGGUCAGCUCAGUCUCUGAUCCAGUCGCCACUUUGGUAUGAAAAGAAGAAAGGCACAAGAUAUGCACAAGUACUGAAAAAUGAUUCACACGAAUACAACAAGUUGCAGUUGGGAACUGGUGAUAUAUCAUCUUUUCUUGAUAUUCCUGUCCUUUCUCUACAUGAAAAUGCACUUAAUAUUUCAAAUAUUGAAUCUAUCGAUAUGCUAAGUAAUGAAGUAUCAAGUUUUAAUAGCGUUGAAGAAAACAGUGGAGCUUUUACUGAACAGGAUGAUUUAACUGAAGAGUUAGACUUGAUAGCCUUGUCAAACAAAUCAAUCAUUAUUUCGGCAAUACAGGGUUAUCUAAUACAAACAAAACAAUUAAUUCAUGCCGAUAGAUAUAAGCGUGAUUUUGUGGAGUCCCUUUCACAAGAUCAACCAUGUUAUCGGCUCUCUGUGGCAAAACAUAUCUUAGACCAAAAUUUGUACUCGAUAAAAAGUUAUGAUUUGCCACAUUUUUGUUCGUUUAACUCUCUGGGGAAUUUUAGUGAUGGCAGGAUAAUCUUCCAUCAUUUGAGUUUUAGAAGACGGUUAAUUGUUAAUGAGCUCAUUUCAAAGAUUUCCGGACUAGCAAAAUUGCAACACAAUAGUAUUUCUAGAUACUAUCAAUGUUGGUUGGAAAAGGAUGUAGAAGUUACAAAAAUUGAUGAGCUAAAUCUGUUGUGUCAGUCUGUAUUAGAUGGUACAUUUGAUACCAAAUCUCAUAAAAAGUAUACAAGACAACUUCUCUUAAAAGUCGCCGCACGAAUGGAUGAUACUGAUGAAAUUACCGACGACUUUUUACUAUCUGAAACAAUCACGCAGAGAAGGUUAUUUAUUCAAAUGCAGCACUUUGAAGGUCGUACCUUGGAACAAGAGAUUCAAAAUAACAACCUAUACAAGGAUGAAAAAUUGUUAUGGAGUUUUAUUCGCCAUCUUCUUGAUGUGUUGGCAUAUUUACAUCAUCAUAAUGCGUAUCACCUCCGCUUAUCUCCUGACAAUAUUAUUGUUACCUCCGACAGUUAUGGAACUGGUCUAAAAGUAUGCGAAUUUGGAAUUGUUGGUUCGCUUCGACAACUGUACAAUUUUGAAUAUCAGUGCAAAUCGCCUAGUUGUGGCUGCAGGAUUUCCAGAAACGUGAGAGACUAUUUGUACGAAUUUCAUCCAUCUAGUUAUGGUCUUGAUGCCCCUGCAGGUGAUCAAGACUAUGAUGCUGAACAAGAGGAUAUGUUUGCAUUUGGACUCAUAAUUUUCAAAAUGUGGCAUCCUCCAACAGAAGAAUCGCAAAUGCGUGAUAUAAUACUAAAGGUUGUUUCAUCAAGGACAUUUCCUCAGUAUUUUAUACAGUCAACUCCACAAAUCAUCAUAACAACUCUCAUUAGGCUUUUUAGCAACGAAAGGAGGCCUACAGCGACUGAACUUUUGAGGGAGACCUUGGUUCCACCUGUCAUGGAUAUUUAUCUCUAUAAGCAAUACUUGAGACGACUACAAAAUCCCCUCUCUGAGGAAUCCAUGGAUGCUGUAAAAUUUCUAUUUAGCAGAGACUGGAAAAGUAACGUGACACGCCUAAAGGGAGAUACUGAUGUAGAAUAUCUUGCACACGCCUCGCAUGUGGUUGACAGGUUAGAAACAUUUAUGAGUAAUCGUUCUGUUGUUAUACGCCCACCGCUGAUAAUGCAGCCUAGUGUAGACGGUACAGGUGAUGAUGUGUUAUUGGUAUUGGAUUCUAAUAAUGCUAUACUAUAUUUGGUACGCAAUAUAUUGCAGUCGCUCUUAAAGGCGUUUCAACUUAAUCCUGAUGAUAAGAGUGGUCUUGGUUUCAAGCAGUUUUCAGCUGGUGAUAUCUACUUUGGAGACAAAUGUGCUUUAUCUGCUGCAUUUGGCAUUACACUAAAACUUGAUAAUGUCACUAGUACUCUUUUGGAUGGGCAAAUUAAGCGAAACUUUGACGAUACAUCAAUGUUAAUUGCAAUGGCUCAAGUUGAGUUGGUUUCUGUGGCUGUUGAUUCCCUAAAGUCUCUAGAUUUAAGAAUUUCCCUGAUGAUUUCCUUUUCACCACUCAUGAGAGAUUUUUUGUCCUUGGUACUUGGUGUUGAAGCAGAAAUUUCACAGGAAAUAAUUUCAAAGCUCUGCCACAUUUAUAUAAAUGAGUACAAUCUGAAAAUGCUUUUGGGGAAUUAUAGCAUAGCAUGUGAGUCUGAUGUUGUAAGGGCUCUGGUAGAUUUGUUUUCCAGCAGCUACAAUUUACCAGUAACUCUAUACAAGUUACAUUCCCUUGCAGUUUUAUUGGCUAAUUUUUCACAAGACAAUUCCGCAGAGUGCACGCACCUUUUGAAGGAAUUGUCGUUGCUAAAAAAUGAUUCUUGUUCUGUCAAUACCUCCGGUGAAAUUUCCACGAAAGGUAUCAGUGAUGCUUACUCUACAAUUCAAGAUCAGUAUCUAAAGAGGAUCAGAUAUAUGUUGGAGCUUUCAAAAUUUUUAGAGGUUUUAGGGUAUACAAAGUAUUGUUUUAUGGAGCUUGUAUCGGAUAAUGUUCGUCUGAAAAACUUUUGCGAACACUUUCCCCUCUUUUGUUGUUAUAUGGAUGAUUACCCAAAUAAAUACGCAGUUGCUGUUGGGGGAUGCUACGAUUCUAGCUUAUAUGUUUCGGAGGGAUCCACAAAUAUAUUGCAUUUUGGAAUAGAGUACAUUAUUGAGGAACUUGUGGCGACAUCAAAGCGAGGCAAGAGAUUAGAGGGGUACGCAAUAGCUCCGACCAAGAGUAACGUUGUAGACGUUAUAAUAACAUCGCAAACGGUUCGGCUUUUGCCUGCCGCAGUUUCAAUUGCAAAUAAACUAAUCGACGCUGGUUUGUCUUGUGAAUGCAGGGCUAUUCCUUUGGUGCUUACAAAUCACUUUAACGAGCGCCUUCAAAUGAUAAAUGGAGUGAAGGCUAGAGUCCACUUGCAAAAAUCUUCCAAUGUUGUUUCUACGCCACUUUUAUCCCAUGCCACGGCCACAGACGCUAUAGAUGAACCAAUGGAAAAUUUAACGCCAGGAGAGCAUAAAUCCUCUAGUGACUUGAGGAUUGAAGAAGCAGAGAGUGUGAGCAAGAUUAAUCUGGCUGAAUUUAGUGAAGGGGAAGACGGUGAUAGAAGUGCAAUGAACAUAAUAUAUCACGUUGAACCUGUCAAUGGUUCAUUCUCUCAAGCUAAAAAGAUGGAGAGUGAGACUUCUCUGGUCCACUUUUUGAUUGGACAAUUGCUCUAG